AUGAUAUUUGGUCUACAGACCACGGUAAAACGUCUUCGAGAUACCAAGCCGCAUUUAGCACGAUGGUUGCCCAACACCGGCGCUCGUUUGAUUGCAAUAGUGAAAGAAAGUGAAGAAAAACUGGCAUCCAAAUCGGAAAUGGCUCGACUUCAGAAGGAAUAUCGUAAAGCAGGCAUGGACGUCACAAUAAUAUCACCCGUCAAGAAAGAAGACUUUUUCAAUCAACGAUAUUUCUCCUUGAUAGACCUAAUGUAUGCGGCUCGCGACAAGAAAACAAAAUGGACUGUCUUAAUAGACGACGAUACAUUCUUCCCCUCCCUUCGUGCCCUCCUCGAUGAACUUGCCCUUCACGACCAUACCCAACCUCAAUACAUUGGCGGAUUAUCCGAGAACUGGGCUGCCGUGAGAAUGUACGGGCUCAUGGCAUUUGGAGGGGCAGGAGUUUUUAUUUCCACGCCGCUAGCUAAAAUUAUCCAUGAAAAUAACGAAGAGUGCGAAAACAACAUGCGACUCACCUCCGGAGAUUCACUGGUGAUGGACUGCAUAUAUGGACAUUCCAAAGUUCAGCUCAAGGCAGUAGCUGGACUUUCUCAGAUCGAUUUCGUGGGAGACCAUUCUGGAUUCUAUGAGAGCGGGAGAAGAGUAUUAUCUCUACAUCAUUGGAAAGCAGGAUCUGCGACCAAAUAUCCCUACGAAAUGGACAAGAUGCAUCUAGUAUCAGACGUGUGUGACGAAUGUUUUCUGCAACGUUGGCAAUUCAAAAAUGAUGUUGUCCUUACUAAUGGCUUCAGCAUUGCUAAAUAUCCCAUUGGUUCGUUAGAACGAGGGGCGAGGAGUGCAUUAAGUAAUUCGGCAAUGCUAGAUGGAGCUGUCGAUUUGAGGAGAACAGAAGUGACUUGGGAUGAUAAGAAUAUAGAUGUUGAGCAUAGCCUAGCGCCCACAAGACCAGAAUUGAGCAGGGAGCAGAAGCUUAGCUGGAAAUUUCUGGAUAGCUUUCUGGUGGAGAAGGGACGUGUUGUUCGACAGAUAUAUGUGAGAAAAGGAGUCGAGGGAGAGGGAAAAGGAGAUGAAGUUCUAAUUCUGAAUUGGAGACGAGCCAGAAAGAAUCACAGUGGAAGAGGAAAGAAAAAUCAGUGA